AUGACGACCGCUGACGGAUCGGAUACCGUUGAGCGGCAGAGCUACUGGAACCAUGCCAAGACUUUCAUGCUCAUCUUGGCUGUCAACAGCAGUUACUUUGCGCAGUUGACCAUCCUGGUCGGCGCUGGCGCCUUUGCCCGGACAAUCGCUUCCGUCGUUGGCGGCGAAAGUCUGGUUGCCUGGCCUGCAUCCGUCAUUGUCAUUUUCAUUGCAGCACUCUCGCCCCUAGUCGCACAGGCUGCUGAUUACUGGGGCAGAAAGUGGUUUAUUGUGAUAUUGGCUGCCAUCGGAUGCGUCGGUUGCAUUGUUGUGGCCCGCGGCACUUCGAUGAACAUGGUCAUCGCAGGGUUCUGCCUGGGCGGUGUAUCAUCGGCUUCGUCGUGUCUGAUACAUACCGUGGCAUCGGAAGUUCUGCCUCGCAGAUAUCGAUCGUGGGCACAGGCUACUGUGAACGGAUCUGUCGGUCUAGGAUCCAUCUUCGGACUUUGUGUCGGCGGUGCCCUUACCAGGUACGACCCAAAUGGCUUCAGAACCUAUUUCGCUAUUUGCGCUGGAGUCUAUGCCUUUUCAGCACUCGCAUGCGCAAUUCUCUACAACGCACCGCCAAGACAGCUGCAGCUUGAAUACACAUUCGGCCAGAAGCUACGGACUCUAGACUGGCCCGCAUAUGUGCUCAUUACUGGUGGCUUAGUUCUCUUCUGCCUGGGCUUGAGUUGGUCGCAGAACCCUUACUCCUGGACUGACGCUCACGUUUUGGCUCCAUUCCUGAUUGGAUGUUCUCUGAUCCUGGGUCUGUUGGUAUACUCGUGGAAGAUGCGAUCAGAUGGUCUCUUGCAUCACGACCUGUUCCAUGACCGGAACUUCGCAAUCGCGCUGGGCUGCAUCUUCAUCGAAGGCUUGUCCUUCCUGGCGGCAAAUAUCUUUGUGCCGUAUUCGCUCAGCAUCUAUUUCGCCAAUACCAUGAACCCCUUCCAGCAAGCGCUCUGCUACAACCUGGUCUUCUGCACCUUCCUGGUAUCGGCAUUUGGGGCAGGGUACUAUGUCUACCGAUCCAAAUCCGUGCGGGUGCCCGCCAUGAUAGGAUUCCUGUCAUUUCUUAUAUUCUUCAUCCUCAUGGCCACAGUCAACGAGUCCACGAGCCAAGCCAAGUUCUGGGGCUAUAUGGUGUUCUGCGGACUCGGACUCGGAUUUUGCAUUACCACUCUCGUUACUGCGGCUCAGUUCGCGACGCCACCUGAGCUGAUCGCCGUCACUUCUGGCCUCAUGCUGUCAAUGAGGAGCGUCGGAGCCUCGGCUGGUGCAGCGGUUAUGAACGCCAUUUUCGCGAACGGUCUCUCGCAAUGCCUUUUGCCCAGAGUCGCCGCCGCUGUAGUUCCUCUGGGCCUGCAGCAAGAUCUGGUUGGUCCUCUGCUAGUUGCAUUGACAGCAGGAGACCUGUCCAAGGCAGCCGCGUUGCCAGGCGUGACCAACGAAAUUAUCAGUGCUGCUGCCACUGCGAUGAAACAGUCCUAUGGGAUCGGCUUUCGAUAUGUCUUUGUCUGUGCUGCAGCCUUUUCCGCAGUAGCACUCAUUGCAUCGAUAUUCUUACGCAACCCGCGUGCCGAAUUCACUCCGACAAUCGAUGCUCCUAUAGACGGCGAUCCAUAUGUCACGAAAGGCGAGGAUGAAAGGGCGAUGGAAAGCUGCCAUGAAUUUGUGGAAAUCGAGACUUCUGGAAAGGCUUAA